AUGCUAGCAAUCAAACAAAAGGAGAGGCAUUCGGCCAUCCCCUUUUCAGUCAAUAGUCGUGCGACAAAGCGAGACUGGGAUGAUUCACGGUGGCCGGCGUGGGGCGAGUCGUGGCCAGGGCUCCGCGGUGGGUUAAGGGUGGAGACCGUGAGAGUGGAGUUUGCAAUGGAGAGGAAGGAAGGGUGGAAAAGGCGAAGGCGCGGUAGGGGAGAGGUGGCGAAACCGCAACAACUCAAGGCGCUAGCCAUGUCGCGACCGGUUCGAUGGUGUAGGGUUGGUGGCGGUGAGGGGUCAGGCACGGUGGCUCGGUGGUGGUGCGACCAUAGUGGCCCCGAGCAGCGGUUCACAGUGACUACAGGUGAAGCAUAA